AUGAUACCGAGCAUUCUUGGAUUUUCGGUUAAUCUUUGCAGAACUGCUUUGACAAUGGCCUGGGAAGCUUAUGGCGGCGCAGCAUCUUUCCAUGAUGGAACUAUGAUUUACGAAAAUGACAAAAAUCAGGUUUAUCUUCCAUUAUUCUACGUGUAUGACUUCAAUCAAACACUUUAUGUUUCUAUCAGAGGCUCUUCAUCCCAGAAAGAUUGGUAUACCGACUUUAAUUACACAGAACGUUAUGAAGACUUUGGAGAUUACAAACUUCAUGUUCAUGGCGGCUUCUUCAAUUCCUCAAUUAAUGUUUUCAAUCAGAUCAAAGACAUUAUCGCCAACUAUCCAGGAAGAAUUAUUUUUACGGGUCAUUCAUAUGGAGCUUCCGUUGCUACUGUCCUCGGUAUUUACUGCAUGACACAUCCAGAUACUGCUAAAAACGCACAAAGGAUGGGCGUUUUGGGCUUUGCAGCAGCGCCUGCAAUUGAAAAGGUUCCAGAACCAUUCCAUGACCAGGUUUGCUCUUUUGUUUAUGAAACAGAUAUAGUUCCAACACUCUCAAUUAUCAACGCUUAUGAUACUUUCAAAGAUUUUAUUCCAAAAUCUGGAGCUACCAAAGCUCUUCUCAAAAUUCUUAUCAAGACAGCCGUAACUAUCCUUAAGGAUAAGAAAGGCUUAGCAAAUUCCUUAUAUAAUGGAAUUAUGUCUGCAUCAGAUCAAAUUGUUGAUGAUCUUUGCGCUUACAGUGUUGAUCAAACAUCAUGCCAUAUCGGACAGGUUGUUGGUAUUACAUACCAUCUAAAUACUGUUCAAGGUAAACUUUCCGAAGAUAUGGUUGAUCCAGCAACUCUCAACAUAUUAUCGAUCAGCCAGACAUGCGCUGAUGAUCAUAACAUUCAACACUACUCUGACUCUCUCAACGAAAAAUCAGAUGAUUAA